AUGACGUUCGUCUACACUGUAUUUUUUAUUGAAUGGGAAACAUGUAAAGAUUUCUUACGAGACAUACGAUUCCCUACGCGAAGUCAAAUUGAGGUUCAUGUGUUUCACCGUAAAGAUACCGACCAAAAUCAGCUUCGCAGCAUGAUUCCCGACAAAAGGCACCACGACGGCCGUCCAAUCAUCAUGAAGCACUCUUCACUGACAUCAUUUCCGAAUGCUGUCGAAGAUUUGCUCGUCUACUACGCGAGUUCGUUCGAUUUUUCAAGGCAUAAGAAACCCGAUGUUUACUUGGUCUCGGGCCAGGGUCGGCGCUACGAAGAGUUAGCGAAGAUCUUACGAAAAGACAAAAGAGUAUCGGCAUGGGUUAUCGACGGGAGAAGGACAACGCUUCUUGACUGGCUCGAUGCCAACUGUGUUUGCAAAAUGUGCAAGUUUAUAUUCGAAUCUGCACACGAAGGAGUUCAGCAUUACGAUGAGUUUCAUAUGAAGUAA